AUGGCUACUCAAUAUAGACUACAAGCAUCGUCUACUCUACAGUCUGCAAGUUUCUUUUCAUGUCAGACACAUGCAGGCUUAAUCACUCUUCAAUACCUAACCAUUUCACAUCCACAGUCUAAAAGACUAUACUACAACUCCAACAACCUGACCACAAGCCAUCUGCCAUGCAAGCCAUUAAAAUCAUUCACUGUUAAUGAUUGUUCUAAACCUAGUUAUAUAUGGAGAGAAAAGAGUGAAACUUUGGACAGCCAUAGUGCCAGUUCAUUACAGAGGAAUAAUCAUCGUUUAUCAUCCGACAUUUACAAAUCAUAUAGAAAGAAUGAUCCUAAUUCGCAUUGUUCGUAUGGUAGACUGCUCAAUGGUCUUAUUGUGGCAGUAGAACAUCGAGAGUAUCGAUCAGCUAUAUCAACAUUUAGACGGCUCGAAAAGGAACAGCCUGAUCAGUUGAAAAUGAUCUCUCCUAUGGUCUACCAAGUUGUCAUUCGAGCUAUAGCAUAUAAUUUAGACAGCAGUGCAUUUGGCAUGACACCCCAACAGCGAGCCGAAUACGUAGUCAAGGUAUUUUGUACAAUGCAAGAGUAUAACGUCGAGCCAGAUUUUAGAACGUUUCUUACUGCCAUCUAUGCCUAUGGCCAGCUAAAAGAUCUGGAGCGUGUUCGACAAGUGUAUGCACAGAUGGGAUCUAGGGGCUGGACUGAGUACAACAAAGAGUUGAUACUAACCAUGUGCAAGGCAUGUAUUGAAUGUGGACAAGAGUCUGAGGGAUUGCAAUACUUUUCACAACUUUGGUACGCUCACCGUACCAUUGAAGCAUAUAACCUUCUUAUUCGUGUUUAUGCAUGCAUCCCAGAUGAACCAGGCCUGUUUUCGACGCUAGAGCUUAUGCAAAAUGCCAAAAUCAAACCCAAUGCUGCCACCAUGAUCUUGCUGUGCAAGUUCUACAUCAAGCGCAAGGAUUUGAAAACAUUUUAUAAACAUAUCGACUUGUUCAAGCAGCAUAAUGGCAAGAUGAACGCUCAAUUGUAUUAUUUACUUAUGCAGUGCGAGAAUAUGAAGGGGGAUCAUUUACGAGUACUUGAUUUAUUUGAAGAAAUGAACACUGCAGGAAUUGAACAAAGCAGCCUUAUUUCAGCCGAGCUAGUUACUGCAUAUGCUAAUCUGGGUAAUCUUCAGCCCAUGCUUCAGCAGUAUUGUUUAGCAGCCAAAUUUCAUACCGUCACGCCGACAUCUCAAACUGCCAUGGCGAAAGCGUUUGGAUCUAUCAAAUCUGUCGAGUCUGUUGAUCAAAUUACUGCCACAGCCAUCCAAUCAGGUAUUUCUCCCUUUGGCAUUGUCUAUGAUUUGAUUAAUGGAUUCCGAAACUUGGGCGAUGGAGAGUCUAUAAAGUAUCUCAUUAGAUGGCUGGAGGAACGGGACCAACGUGUGGUCAUGGCUACGUAUCGACAUCUUGUAAUGGCGUACCAUAUUGCCGAGGACUUUGACAAUGCAUGGAAAUGCACUAAAGAGUUGUAUGAUCGGUUUGGAGAUAAAGUUACAACUCAGAUCUGGUUUACUAUUCUCAAAUGUGCUGUGAUGUAUCGUACCGAGGCAAUUCAGGAAGUUUCCAAGUAUAUUCUCGAGAGAGUUGAAAACUAUCCGAUUAAAGCUGCUAUUCUAGCCGGCGAGGAAGAGUUGCGGACGGGAGUACAAGUCAAAUAUUCCAAUCUUGUCAAAUCUCACUAG